AUGUCGCUAUCUACUUUGAGUCUUACCGUCUUCCUCGGGGUUGCUGUCCGUUUAGCUGCAUGCUCUACAGACAAAUGUGCAUCACUCGGCGCCCAAAUCCUGGUCCCUAAUAGUACAAUUCUUAUGCAUAAUUACUUCCUCAAUGGAACGACCAUUGAUCUUCCUGGGACUGUAGAGUCCUGUGGAGGCCCAAAUCUCAAAGCUAACGCCACCGCCAAUCUCUGCCGGCUUGUAUUUACCAUCACGACUUCUCCCUCGAGCGAGAUACAGCUAGAAGCCUGGCUCCCAGAUUCACAUAAUUGGAAUGGAAAAGUAUUAGCGACAGGAAAUGGUGGUAUUGGGGGAUGUAUCGACUAUGCUACGAUGCAAAAUGGGGUUGGGCUGGGAUUUGCGUCUUUCGGGACUAACUCUGGGCACAACGGAUCAAUAGGGUAUGAUUUUUUCCUAAACCAACCUGAGGUUAUCAACGAUUUCGGCCAUAGAGCCAUUCACAUCGAAGCAGGGUUUAGUAAGGAAUUGGUACAUCAAUACUACGGAGCCAGAGCAACCAAGACGUAUUACGCGGGUUGUAGCACGGGGGGCCGUCAAGGUUUUCAAACCGCGCAUUUGUAUCCCGAGGACUUCGAUGGGAUGCUUCUUGGAAGUCCGGGUGUCGACUGGUUACGCGUUGUGGCCUCGAAGGGAAUCCUAGCACGACGUAUCGGAUGGCCUUAUCUAAAUUCAUCGGCUUAUGUACGCCCGGAGCAGUGGCCAGCUAUCGUCGAAGCACAGAUCAGAGAAUUUGAUUCUCUAGAUGGAGUAACCGAUGGUAUUAUAGACGAGCCAACGAAGCACCGAUUUGAUCCUGAGAGCCUAGUAUGCGGUACCGGCCUGCUUAACUCAUCACGUUGCCUUAGCCCACAGCAGGUGGAAUCUGUGCGUAGAGCGUACGAGCCGAUCGUUAGUGCCUCGGGCCAAAUCGUUUAUCCAGCCUUCGAACUAGGUUCUAAGACCGAUGUAUUCUCUGAGAAUCAGGAGAACGGGACAGCCAGGUUGAGUUAUACGAUCCUUGAAGAUUUCUGGCGUGGCGCAGUUUUCAAUAAUACCGAUUGGACACCAGAGGACUUUAAUGAAUCGGACAUGGAUUUUGCGGUAAGCGUCAACCCAGGGCAGGUCAAUGCUGCUGAGAAAGACUUGUCGAGUUUCUAUCGCAGAGGUGGUAAGAUAAUCUCGUAUCAUGGGAGGAAUGAUGAGACUGUAACAUCUGCUCUCUCCGAACAAUUCUUCACUGGGGUUCAGGCCGUGCUGAACAUUACACUACAAGAUAUGCAUAGUUUCUAUCGAUUAUUCUUCCUGCCCGGUAUGCAUCAUUGCUCAGGGGGGUUAAGCCCCUGGAGUAUAGGAAAUGCGCAAAAAUAUCCGUACGACAAGACGCUACUGGAUUCUAAACAUAAUGCGCUUAUGGCGUUGGUUAACUGGGUCGAGAAUGGGACGGCGCCGGAAAUAAUUAUUGGUACAAAGUACGAAAACGAUAUUAUCGGAGGUAGUAUCACGGCACAACGAACGUACUGCUCCUAUCCUAUGGUUAGCAGAUGGGACGGCAUUGGUGAUGGAAAUCUGGCAACUAGCUGGGAGUGUGCUUGA